AUGCGGCAAGGGUUCUUCAAACAGCCUUUGACUUCAUUGACAGUUGUGGAGCCGUCAAUUCGUGGCAUCUCGUCGGCGCACAGUUCAUCUCUGGCUCAAUCUACCCCACGCUCCUUCAUCACGGGCGAACGCUAUUCACAGAGGCUCGAGACACAGCUGAUGCGCUUUGGGCGCCAGAUGAAGUUCAACUCCCCUCUCUGGAUCACAGAGAAGCAACGUAAAGAGGAGGGUUUGCAGUUGCGCUCGGUGAAUGAAAUACCUUUUUGCCCACCGUCCACGGAGAGAAUGGAAUCCAUUCCUAUUGUCGUGAAUGCCGCCUUUGUGGAGGAAACCGAUUUGUUCUUCUUCUUCAUGCGGCGGCCUCUCCCAGUACGCGGCGUCUCCAGUGGGCAGCACUGGAUAUACACUGAAGGCCAGUGGAGCGCAAUAUCUCCUUCAAAAUCCUCAUUUCCAUGGAUGGAAAAGCUUUUUGCGUGCGUCAACUGCAUGCUGCUUGAGACACGCCCACCCCAAGCCUCUUCACAACGUGACGUCACAGCGUCCCUCGGCUGCCAAGGAAGAGAAGUAAAGAGUCGCAUGCGUGAGUUGAUUCUUCCGCCUUCCACAGCAAGCGGGAGACAACCAGAGUUUUUUUGGAUUGACCACACGGCCGUUGUCUUGCAUGGUGUGGCCCUCUUCACCGAUGCAGCUUGGUUCCCGUUAAAUGCAAUCACUGUGGAUGCUUCCUGCAUGUACAAUAUGGAGCAGGUGGAACUGCAUCGUAAACAGCACAGACUGUUUUGGUGA